CAUUGGUUGUUGGGUUGGUUUGGUAGGUUUAGGUGCAUUGAUAAUGGAGGCAUAUAGGUUCAUUUGGCUGGUGUUUUCUUCAGGUAUUGGGGUGGCUGUUGUGUUUGCAAGCAGUUGGUGGAGUCUUCUACUAGUAUGAUGUGUAUGUUGUGGUGGUUUGGGCUGAUUGUUGGUGGUGCAAUGUUUCUUUGCAGGGUGGUGGCUGGUGUUUGGAAUUGGUUGUGGGUGGGUUCCGGUGGCGUUUGGUACAGGUAGUGGUGUUGGUUGGUUAGCUGGGGUGACUCAUUGAGUAGGAGGUUGCUGGUUGCUGGGUCCUCUUUUUUGCGUGUGCAUGCUGCUAGGAGCCAUUUUGCAGUUGCAGAGAUUCGGUGAUUGAUUUCUCCCUAAUGAGGUUGUUGUGACAUUUGUUCAGAUGAGUGGGUACUAGUUGGUUGGUGCAAUAGAACUCUAGGAGGGAGGAUGGGAUGUGUCCUAGGAGUCUCUUGUUUUUUGCUUUUGUGGUUGUAUGGGAUUUGAGGAAGGGGAUUGGGUUUUUGUUUAGGGCUUGUUUGGUUGUGUUGGGGCCAGUGAUUUGUAGGCACUUCCUGUUGUCAGGGUUAGUAAGUGCUUCCUGACAUUGGAUUGUGAGGACCUUGCAGUUGGCUGGGUGUAGAUCAAUGACAUGGAGUAUGUUUUGGCUGUGUCCCAGGGCAAAGACUGGUGAAACCCUGUUGUUGUCAAGGAUUGCUGCUUGGUACACAAGUCCCAGGUUGUGGGGGAUGAUCCUUUAGGAUGGUGACGAUGGCAUCACAGACUACAGGAGCAAGGGCAAGGGCUGGCAUGCUGACAGUGUGUAAGCUUUGGGAGAAUUUGGUUUGUACAAAUUUUACUUUGUGAGCAUUUUGCUGCAGUUGAUUGUUGUUGUUCUGCGUGUUUUCGCUUUGUUGUUUGUUUCUGGGGUGAUGUGGUGUCAGAGUGUCCCUUUUCUGGGUUACAUUGCCUAAAUUUGUCUUUUGUUGGUGGUAAUUGCUGAAUUCAUUGAGUUGUUGGUCUUGUUGUUCUUUUUUUGGGGCAUUUCUUUGUUGCUGUUUGUUUGCUUUUGUUGGGUGCUGUUUUGUGACAGGGGGCGUCAGGGUGUUUGUGUUUGUUUUGUGGUUUGGUCUUUGUGGUUGCAGAUUGAUGAGGUGAGAUCCAUCUGCUGUUUAUUUGUUUGGCAAAUUUUCCAUUCUAUUUAGCGAUUGUCAUUAUUUUGCAUUGGGCACUUGUUUGUAUUGUCCUGGUGCAGUGGGGGUGCUUUUGCUUGGUUUGUGAGCGUGUUAGCAUGGUGGGAGUGCUUUUGCUGAGUUGGGUUGUUUGUUGAUGUUUGAUUAUGGUGGGAGUGUCUUCUGCCCAUUGACAUCAUGGUUUGGGCAUGUCCAAUUGUUGUUGUGAGUUGCUGUACUAUGUUCUGUUUGGUGGUGAGUUGUUGCGUCUUUGUUACCGGGUUAUCUUGGUGUACCCAGAGAGUUUUGUACAGUGGCGAUGAUGAUCGUGAUGUGUUGGGGUGAAUCUUUCCUUUUUCACGUCAUGUCUCAUCCUACCUUGACAGUUCUUCUCUGCAAUACUUUUGAGAAUGAUGCCAGGGCUUGUUGAGGUACAAGGCUAUCAUAUUUGUGGGAUAUUGCAAUUUGCAAGGUAUGAAGUAGCUGCUUGUCUGGUUAUUUUUCCUAUCUCUGUACGUCGUUUCCAAAACUCAAAAAGUACUGUGCGCAAUACUACGGUACGGGGACGUACAGUAAUGCUGCAUUGUCACUGUUCGCUGUUGACUCUAAGCAGUGUUCGAAAACGGAAAAAGCUUGCAAAAUCAACAUCAAGAAAAACGACGGCGACGGCGGCGACGACAUAAAAAGCUCAACGCACCCAUAAAGUACCCUUCUUCUCUUAUCCCUCCUGCGAAGUAUAUCAGUGAGGAAUCGCAUCAUCAAUCUAUUAGUGGAAAGUACAUGUCAAAUUCCGAAAAGGAAAGUGGAAUAAGGAAAAAGAAAAGAAAAUUGACUGUAGAAUGGUUCGACGACGUUCAAAGCGCAAAGCAACGGUUCUGGAAGGUCUAACGAAGGCACAUGGGGGACUACGCCGAUCUAAAAGAAAACUAGCACUAAAGAAGGAUGAAUUCAAAAUUUACGGGGAUGAUUAUGGGAUACUUCCGUCCGACUGAUCCCACGUAGGUAAGGAAUCUUCAUUGUUGUUCCUUUGUUCAAUGAAAGAUAUUUGUGCCGAGCAUGAUGCACUUAGCAUCUUGUUUUGUUUCGUCCUCUUAUAUCUCUCUUGCUGUUGAAUAUUCUUUCUAAAUUAGCCGCAUCGGCUAUUCCAGGGAGGUAGGUUUCACAUUCAACUCUAAAUUUCAUGC